AUGAAUCGGACGAACCUAAACAAGGCAAAUUGCUGCCAGGCUAAAUCUGUGCAGCCAGACUCCAGUAAACAGGCUCCAAUGCCAAAGUCAUCUCAUAGGAAUGUGGACUCUACCUUUUCUAAUCAAGAUAAGAAAAAGCUUCGUCCUCCUGACAAGAAAAAUAUUGAUACACAUUUGAAUCAUAUUAAAUUAAAAGAGAAAGAAUUGAAAAAUUGCGACACUGAGAGCGAGUCCAUUCGACUGGAGAUGAAAACUUUGCAACCUACUCGGUAUUCUCUGAAUGAAGAGAAAAAAAAGAACAACUUGGAAUUAAAAAAUCUCCGUGCAGAAAUACUUGUAAAAAAUAAUAAUCUUAAGUCUUUUUACUCCGCACAUCUCUACAUUGUUUUCUGUUUUGACACUUCUAUUUUAAAAAUAAAAUUUUCUUAUUUUCCUUUUUCCCAUCUAACUCUCUCUUUUCUCCCUCUUGCUCUCUCUCUUCUUCUGUUCUCUAUUCUCUCUCACUCUCUUUUCUCGCUCUCUCUCACUCUCUUUUCUCGCUCUCUCUCCUCUCUUUUCUCGCUCUCUCUCUCUCCCUUUUCUCGCUCUCUCUCUCGCUCCCUUUUCUCGCUCUCUCUCUCUCCCUUUUUCCUCCCCUUUUUCGCUCCCUUUUCUCGCUCCCUUUUCUCGCUCUCUCUCUCGCUCUCUUUUCUCGCUCUCUCCGCUCUCUCUCUCGCUCUCUCUCUCUCUCUCUCCCUCUCUCUCUCGCUCUCUUUUCGCUCUCUCUCGCUCUCUUUCUGCUCUCUCUCUCGCUCUCUUUUCUCGCUCUCUCUCUCUCUCGCUCUCUUUUCUCGCUCUCUCUCUCUCUCUCUCUUUUCUCUCUCUCUCUCUCGCUCUCUUUUCUCUCUCUCUCUCUCUCUUUUCUUUUCUCUCUCUCUCUCGCUCUCUUUUCUCGCUCUCUCUCUCGCUCUCUUUUCUCGCUCUCUCUCUCUCUCUCUUUUUCGCCUCUCUCUCUUUUUCGCUCUCACUCUCUUUUCUCGCUCUCACUCUCUUUUCUCGCUCUCACUCUCUUUUCUCGCUCUCUCUCUCACUCUCUUUUCUCGCUCUCUCUCUCACUCUCUUAUUUAUGAUGAGAAGAAAAUUGUUGCUGAGAUUGAUAGUUUAAAACGUUCUAAAAAGUCUUUGGCUAAUUAUCUUGCUCACAAGAAAGAGAUAGAUGAACUUCGGGAGCAACAACUCAAGAAACGGAAAGAAAAUGAACAAUAUCAUCGGCAGGUAUCAAUGCUAAUUUCUCAAGAGGAUGAAAUGAGAUCAAAACUUAAUGUUCUUCAGACAACCAUUAAGAAUCUUAAUUCAGAAUUAAAUGAUCUCAAUGAGCAAAAGAAAGUCCUUGUAAGUGACUAUAAAAGGCGUGAGAAAGACCACAAUGUCAUGAAAGAUGCAAUUCGCAAGAAGAACCGGCAGAACUUCAAGCUAAAGGAAGAAGAAAAAUGGCAACACUUUCACAGAAAGAAUAGAGAGGAUGUCCAUGUCCUGUGCACUCCAGAGGAAGAAUACAUCCAGCAUUGUAAUACUUUAAUUAAAUACCUCCAGCAGUUUCCAGUUGCUGAUAUUGGGCAAGCAUCUCGUCAGGCCCAAACUCCAACAGAGGAAACGCCUUUUUUUGUACAACUCCUUUUUUUUCUAAUGUUUUGUAUUCUCUUUUUAUUUCCAUAUUUAUUUCCUCUUUCUCUUUAUUCUUUUUCUUCUUACUCUUUUUCUUUCUUUUUUCUUCUUCUUUUUCUCUUUUCUUCUCUCUUUUCUCUUUCUUUCUCUCUCUUUUCUCUUUCUUUCUUCUCUCUUUUCUCUUCUUUCUUCUCUCUUUUCUCUUCUUUCUUCUCUCUUUUCUCUUCUUUCUUCUCUCUUUUCUCUUCUUUCUUCUCUCUCUUCCUUUCUUCUCUCUCUUCCUUUCUUCUCUCUCUUCCUUUCUUCUCUCUCUUCCUUUUUUCUCUCUCUUCCUUUUUUCUCUCUCUUCCUUUUUUCUCUCUCUUCCUUUUUUCUCUCUCUUCCUUUUUUCUCUCUCUUCCUUUUUUCUCUCUCUUCCUUUUUUCUCUCUCUUCCUUUUUUCUCUCUCUUCCUUUUUCUCUCUUUCCUUUUUCUCUCUCUUCCUUUUCUCUCUCUUCUUUUUUCACUCUCUCUUCCUUUUUUUCUCUCUUUCCUUUUUUCUCUCUUCCUUUUUCUCUCUCUUCCUUUUUUUUCUCUCUCCUUUUUCUCUCUCUUUUUUUUUCUCUCUUUUUUUCUCUCUCUUCCUUUUUUUCUCUUUCCUUUUUCUCUCUCUUCCUUUUUCUCUCUCUUCCUUUUUCUCUCUCUUCCUUUUUCUCUCUCUUCCUUUUUCUCUCUCUUCCUUUUUCUCUCUCUUCCUUUUUCUCUCUCUUCCUUUUUUCUCUCUCUUCCUUUUCUCUCUUUCCUUUUUCUCUCUUCCUUUUUUCUCUCUCUUCCUUUUUCUCUCUCUUCCUUUUUUCUCUCUCUUCCUUUUUUCUCUCUCUUCCUUUUUUCUCUCUCUUCCUUUUUUCUCUCUCUUCCUUUUUUCUCUCUCUUCCUUUUUUCUCUCUUCCUUUUUUCUCUCUUCCUUUUUUCUCUCUUCCUUUUUUCUCUCUUCCUUUUUUCUCUCUUCCUUUUCUCUCUCUUCCUUUUUUCUCUCUCUUCCUUUUUUCUCUCUCUUCCUUUUUUCUCUCUCUUCCUUUUUUCUCUCUCUUCCUUUUUUCUCUCUCUUUUUAUUUCCAUAUUUGCCCUGUAUCUGAGAUACAAGGUGAACAUGGAGCUACGUAUAUAUUGCUGAAGAAAAAUGAGGAGUGUGAGGAAUUUUUUUUCGGUGCAGGUCGCCGUCACAAGAAAACCAAGAAAGGACGAAAAUUCUCUGCAACAAAGCCUUUAACCCAUUCCCCACAAGUCUUUGCUCAGUUUGAAAAUCUGCAGAUGUCAGCACCAGCAGGGUUUGCAGAAAUCUUGCCUGCUCUGAAACAGUUGGAAGAAAAAAAGAAGUAUUUUGAAAGUCUGAGUAAGCAGAGAGAAGAGGGUUUCAUUUGUCCUAAAGUGCAAGAAGAUGCUGUUGAACAGGAUGAUGUUUGUCUGAGUGAUUCUGGUUAUUCGGCAGAUGGUAGUGCUGCCUGUGAAUUGUCACGGCAGGUCAGCCACACAGAAAGCAUAGAUAGCAGCUCAAGUAACAUCAACUUAUUAGACCUAAUGCAAGUUGAUGCAGCACACAAUGACCAGUCAUCUAGAUCGUCGUCGUCAUCUUCAGAUGGUGAUGAUGAUGAUGAUGAUGAUAUAGUUCAAGAAUGUGAAAGUAGCUGGCAGAAUACCUCUGAUGCUUCCAGCACUGUCUCCUCACUGGCACAAGGUCAGUCUGCGGUUGUUCGACAGUUGCCCUGGCAGCAUGAAAUUGGAGUUUCACUCGUGGACAGAAAGGAAGCUUCUCUGGCAUCUGAUAAUCAAUCUGCAGCUGCUGCUCUUUUGUGCAAGACACUGCCAACCAAGCCUCCAUUGGCAAAUUUGGGAAUAGGGUGGCAGGUAAUUGUAGAAUUUGGUCUUAAGCAAAAGAUUGAUUCCAUCCAUUCCAUAUUUCUUCAAGAUUAUUUUUCUCUUCCCAUUCCCUACCUUAUGGGAGCUUUCCCUUUUUUAAUAUCCUCUUUUUGA